AUGAUGGACGAUUAUCAACAGUUAAAAAGUAAAUAUGAAAGAUUAUGUGUGGAAUUCAAAAAGCUUCGUUCAAAGUAUAAAACGUUAAAAGACAAUGAAAAUGAAUUAAACCAACAACUACAGGAGAAACUAAUACAAAAAGAUUUAUAUAUUGAAAAAUUAAAACAAGAAAUUGAACAAUUAAAAUUAAACAAUCAUAAUAUUUCUGUUAAUGGGAUUACAUAUGAAAAUUCAACGAAAUUAUCAUUAUUACUAAAUAAUAUUAACAAGGGUAAUGAUCAUUUAAGUCUUAUUGAUACUGUCAAUGUAAAUGAAGUGGCAAAGAAAUCUAUCAUUACUCAGGAAGUAAAUAAUAAUUUGCAUCAAACGACACUAUCAGAUGCUUCUUAUACACCUAUCCAUAUCACAAAACAUAAUUCAUUUCCCAUGGUAACUAAUGAUAAUUCAACAAAUUCGAUUCUAUCAUCUCCCAGUGAUAUUUGUCAUGAUAUUAUUGUGGAUACCUAUAAUAAAUCAUCCAGUUUAAAUUUACUCCCAUCUAAAUCUUUAUUAUCAUCUACUAAUACUGCUACUUCUACUACUCCUAGUACUACUACUGCUACUUCUACUACUCCUAGUACUACUGCUGCUACUUCUACUACUCCUAGUACUACUGCUUCUACUCCUAGUACUACUACUGCUACUUCUACUACUCCUAGUACUACCACUUCUACUUCUACUCCUAGUACUACUGCUGCUACUUCUACUACUCCUAGUACUACUGCUUCUACUCCUAGUACUACUACUACUUCUACUACUAGUACUACUACUACCCUUAAUCUUUCAUCUUCUUAUGAUCAAGAUUGGACAUUCAUUGUAAAUACAGAAGAGAAAUUAAUUGAACAAUUUGUAGAAUUAUUAAAUAAUUGGAUCAAUUCAAUAAAAACAAAUCAAAAUUUAUCAUUUAUAAAUAAAGAAAAAUUAGAUCAUAUUCUUAUGAAUCGUAUUACACAAUUAGAAAGUCAAUUAUGUGAAAUUUCAUUACAAUAUCAAUUGGAACGUAAACGUCGAUUAAAAGAACAAUCACAGUCAGAAACAAAAGACGACGCUAAGCCUAUUGUUCACAAUAGUCAGGUGAGUGAUUCAAACGAUCCUGAGCAAUUAUCUAAUAGUAGUAAUGGAAAAUCUGAUGAAACUCCUAAUCCACAUAAAGUAAUAAUGAAACGUUUACAUAAAGCCAUUGAAGAAUCAAUUUAUUUCGCUUCAAGAGCUAAUCUGUUACAGGAUGAAUUAGAAUCUCUUAUCCCAUGGAUAUUACAACUACUUCAUUUACAUCAAAAACAACAAUAUGAAAUAAAAACAAUGAAACAAUAUAAUGAACAAUUAAAACAACAAUUAGAAUCAAUUAAAACAAAUACAAUAAAACAAAUUAAUGAAAUGGCUAAACAUAUAAAUAAUUUAACUGAAGAAUUACAAAUAAUUCGAUUAAAUUCAUUAACAAAUCAUCAUUCUCAUGAUAGUUUUAAUAAAGAACAACAACAAUCAAAUUGUUUAUCGCUUCAUUCAAAUGAUAAUCAAGUUAAGAAAACUACAUUAUUUAAUGUAUUGAGAAAAUGA